AUGAAUAGAUUGAUCGCGGAGCAUCAGAAGGAAACUGAAGCAAUAAGAAAGGAAAAUGAGGCAAUGAAAAAUAAGUUGGAGGAAGAGAAGAAAAAGCAUCGUGAUCUGGAACAAAAUCUACGAUCCGAACAAUCCGCUGAACUCACCAACGCCCUCAAUCAUGAAAUCACCCUGGAUGCCACUAACCGUGUUUUGAAACAAUUUUUGAACAUCACAAAAACCGUUCAGGAUGCUAGUGAAUCACUGAAAAGCAUUGAACUUUAUUGUUCAAACAAGUCUCCCGAGAAUUUCGAUGGUGAAAUUGCCAGAGACCUGCACGAGUUAAACGAGUUGAAAUCAAACUUCAAGGCACAUGUUUUUCAAUUCCGGCAGUUUGUUAUAAAUGAACAAAACGCUCAUCAAGAAAUUCUUAAUGUUUGUAAAAGUUACCUACAAGAUUUCGAAGAAUCUAUGAUGAAUGAAAGUCUAAUAGAGUUAUGUCUUCAUUUGCCAACCGCCAUCGAGAACAAGAAAACGUCUGAAAUUAAAAAAUUCAAAAAGAUAGCAGAAAAGUUGUCUGAGGAAAUGAAAAUCGCUCGAGAUGACGUUCAAAUGGAACUUGAAGAUAUUUCCACGGAUAGUCAACUUGAGAUUCUACCUGCAGAUAUGAAUUCAGAAAUCUUGCCUGGGACGUCUGACGGAAAUAACAUGUUUGGUCGAGACUUGUUUAACCUUGGUGGAGGUGGAAGUUCAAGGGGCCGAGUUGAAAUAAGUGGAUGCACUGGAAUGGGAGGUGGCAUUCCAACGUCGAAUAUUGUUGAGGGAGGAUGCACCACUUUUCCGAUCCCAAUCCCUCCUUCAAUACCACCAAUUUUCGGAGGUGGAGAUUCGGGAAAACAAAAAAUCAUCGAUGAUUUGAGAAGAGAGCUAAGAGAGUGCAAGAAACAACUUGAAGAAGUCAGAUCUGAAUUGCGUUCUGUAAAAAGCAGUAGAGAUUCGGCUAGGGAGAGAGAAAACAAAUUGGAAAGAGAACUGAGAGAGAUGAAGGAGGUUAAGGAGUCAAACGACCGAAUUAUUGCAUCGAUGAAAAGCAAGAUUGAGAUAAACCAGAAAAACCAUGAUGAGCAAAUUGCGAAGAGAAUUGAAGAACACGAGGAAAAAAUGUCAGUAUUGAAAGAUAAGAAUGCGGAAUGUUUGAAAACGGCAAAAGAAGAGAAUGAAGCUAAGAUGGAAAAACUGAAAAAAGAGCAGGAUCGAAAAAUUAAAGAACUAGAUGAGAUUUUGAAGAAAACAAAGCAAGAAAGUGAGGCGAAACAGGCAACGGUUGAAAAGGAAAUCAAGAUAUUGAAAUCGAAACAAGCCAAUGAGUUGGUAAUUCACCAACAAGAGAUGAAUAGAUUGGUCGAGGAGCAUCAGAAGGAAACUGAUGCAAUCAGAAAGAAACAAGAGGCAAUGAAAAAUAAAUUGGAGGAAGAGAAGAAAAACCAUCGUGAUCUGGAACAAAAUCAACGAUACGAACAAUCCGCUGAACUCACCAACGCUCUCAACCAUCGCAUCGCUCUUGAUGCUUCUAACCGUGUAUUGAAACAGUUUCUGAAUAUCACAAAAACCGUCCAAGACACCAGUGAUGCUUUAAAACGCAUACAGUCUUAUUGCUCAACGGAGUCUCCUGAAAACAACGAAACUAAAAUAACCCUGAACGUGCAAGGAUUGGAUGAGUUGAAGGAGAAAUUUAAGAUGGAAAUGUUCCAGUUCCAACAGUUCAUUAUUGAAGAACAAAAUUCUAAGCUGGAGAUUCUCAAUGCUUGUAAAAGAUAUCUUCAAAAGUUUGAAGAAUCAAUGAGAAAUCAGAAUCUGUUGGAUAUAUGCCUACAGUUGCCAGCAGCUAUCGAGAAUAAGAAUGUGGAGGAAAUCAAAAAUUUUGAGAAGAAAGCUAAAGAGUUGUCGAAGGAAAUGGAUAUUGCUAGUGAUGAGGUUCAGAAGAGAAUUGGAAUGAUCUCAACUGCUGAUCAGCUUGAGAUAAUGAAUGGGGGAUCUGAUUAA